UUUAAGAAAUAGAAAUUGCAUGUGUGUAUAAAGAUCGAUUCCCUAUAUGCAUAAAAAUUCCAGUUACCAUCCCGAUUACGUGGCGGACAGAAUGGAGGAAAUUGCAAAUUCUUCUGUACAAAGCAGGAUCGAAGAGAAUAAUCAAGCAGAUAAGGCAAUCUUAAACCUGACAUCGCAUAAUAAUGAGGUUUCCGCUAUGCAGGAGGAGGCAUUGUUCACCUGUUCUCUAUACAUUUCGCGCGCUGGCGACCUUCAAGACCAAGGUCAUACGAUGCAAGGUUGCGAGUUGCUACGAUCUCAUCUCGAAGAAGCUAUUGUUGCUUCUGAACCGCUAUCGACGUGGCGAGUUUCCGAAACUCCAUGCGGUCUAAUUGCCGCCUUUGCCAGAGAAAACGACGCCGAGAAACUACUGCAACGCGGCGAUCUGGCUCGAGUGUUUGGACGACCUGUACAAGUAGCGCGAUUCUCAGCAAGAGAUUCUCGAUAUCGUCAAGCCGUACUUCUGAGAGAUGUUCCGUGGGCUAUACCUCUUCAGGAUAUAAAUUCGGCUCUGGCAAAGCAAGGAAUUGUCGCUGGAAAUGUCGAACGUUCGCGACAUUUGGUUCGAGUAGAAGUUUUCGACGCGGGUCACUACGAAGCCUUAUUACGUCAAGGUCUGAACUUCUUCGAAGUGGCACGUUUCAAUGCCAUCCCGGAACGCUGGUGGCGCAGCAACACCCCAUGUUCCUCCGCUGUAUCGUCGCGAUACGCCUUAACAGACUACGGGAACAAUUCUCAGGAGACGUCGAAUGCACCGCAAAUGGCGGAUGGCGUGUUGCAGUGUUAUCGGUGCCAGGGUUUUUGGCACGUGGCCGCCAAUUGUCGGCACUUGCCGCGAUGCGUCCGCUGCGGCGAGCCGCACAGCGUUGAGUUUUGUCCCAGACCACGGAAUAAUCCUAUAUGUUGCCACUGUUCCGGGCCUCAUCAUGCCGGAUAUAGACAGUGUCCAGUUAGAUUGCAACUGGCCAACGCAACUCCCGUGAGCAUCACGUUGAAUGCAACUCCCACAGGGGGUCAAUAUUCAACGGGCGCCGCGAACAAAUCGAACCCUUCGUGCCACUCCCUGAGACAGAGCCAUUACUAGAUAUCCUAGUUCGACGCUCGCAAAAUUAUUUAUUACAAAAUUAUCGGUCUCACUGUUUUCGAGCCAGCGUGUAUUUCAACAACUUGGAAAUGUCAAUGAAAACGCAUGUAGUAUCUAUUGACGUUGCGGACAUAAUGUUAUCGCGUGUCAUGAGCAAAAUUUCGCACUUUCGAAAGAACGUGACACACUUGCGUUGUCAUAAAAAAAAUGUCAUGCUAGCUAUUGCAAACAAUUACGCAAAAAUUCACAAACAUAACAUGUAUAGUAAUUUACAUUUUAUAUUAUAAAGAAGACAAAAGUCUCUUUUCAGAGGGUGACUUUUAAGACUAUCAUCAUCUUCUUCUCAAGACAUGUCUUAAAUGUACAAAAAAUGUUUUUUCUAUAGAAUG